CAAGCUCUGAAGUUCAAGCACGCUAAUGUUGGACUGUAUGGCAUAGGAGUACAAUGUCAUUUCUCCAAGGAAACCACUCCAGACCCAGUAAUGAUCAAGAAACAUCUUGAUACACUCGCCCAGGCCGGUCUCCCCAUCUGGGUGACAGAGUUGGACGUUCACUUCCAGGACGAGCACAAACGAGCAGAUGCCUAUGAAACUGCCUUAAGAGUAUUCUAUGGUCAUCCUGCUGUUGAAGGAAUCAUGUUCUGGGGGUUCUGGAGUCAGCACCAUUGGCGUAAAGACGCAGGUUCACUUGUUAGCGGACACGAAUUCAGACUCAACGCCGCUGGUCAGAGAGUGCUGCAUCUGCUUGAGAAGGAGUGGAUGACUCACGAGAGACACUCUCUGUCUCAGUCUGGAAAACACUUCACAGUGCACGGCUUCCACGGGCACUACGAGGUGCACGUCACGUACAGGGGACACGAAGUCACCGACCAGAGACAGACGUUCACUCUCGGCAAAUCUCCACACACCAUCAACCUGCACGUCUCGCAUUAGUUAUAUUAUUAUCAAAUAAAAACACUUG